UUAUUUUAUUCCUUAAUCAUCAAUCGAAAGCACUCUGAAAAUGAAACAACACAUGGCAUAAAUUCAUGGUUGUUGCUGUUUUGAUGAGUGAAAUAGCGAUGGGUUUCUGUUGGUCAUCUUUACUUUUAAGUCUUGUUGUUGUUGUAGUUCAUAUUUGUGAUUUGGGUUAUGCAGAUUCAUAUGUUUCUGCAAUUGGCGACCCUGGAAUGAAAAACCCAAAUUCAAGAUUUGCAUUUGAAGCUUGGAAUUUCUGCAAUGAAGUUGGAAGUGAGGCUCCCCGUAUGGGCAGCCCCAGGCUUGCUGACUGUGCUGAUCUUCACUGUUCUACUUCUCUCACAGGUCACCAAGAUAUUCCGGGCGGUCCGCUUCCUCGAAAACGGAGCACUUGUAAAGUACACCACAAAGUGACGGAAGUAGACAAUAGAUUAGGAGUUGGAGAUAAAAUUCCAGAUGGGAGCCAUAAUGCUGAUAUGAAUCCUGAUCUUUAUGCUGUGGAAAAGGAGUGUUACCUUGGUUCACUUUGUGAAGUGCAUGAUUCUGGUGACCCAUGGUAUUAUUGGAUGAUAAUGCUUAAAAAUGGAAAUUUUGACAAGACGACGACUCUUUGUCCUGAAAAUGGUAGGAAAGUUUCUAAGAUAGUGACUGGUAGAACUUUUCCAUGUUUUGGUGAGGGCUGCAUGAAUCAGCCACUUGUCUACCAUAACUACUCAAGGAUAGUCGAUAGGGAGCAUUCAUCCUUGAUCGGAGGCUUCUAUGGAACAUAUGACCUUGAUGCCAAUUUAACUGCCGGUGUAGAUGGAAAAUCUUUUUUCUCAGUUUCAUGGCGGAAGAAUUUAAGCACAGGUAGUUGGAUUAUCUCAAAUAAAUUGACGACAUCAUCCAAGUAUCCAUGGCUUAUGUUGUAUCUAAGAUCAGAUGCAGCAAAAGGGUUUAAUGGAGGAUAUCACUACAGUGGCCGUGGAAUUAUGAAAAAGCUUCCGGAGUCACCAAAUUUCAAGGUGAAGUUGACACUUGAAGUUAUACAAGGAGGAGGCUCGAAUAGCCAGUUUUAUCUUCUCGACAUAGGAAGCUGCUGGAAAAAUAGUGGAGAGCCAUGUGAUGGAGAUGUUUUAACAGAUGUGACCAGAUACAGUGAGAUGAUCAUCAAUCCAGCAACGACAAGUUGGUGUCGUCCUGAUAACCUCGUGUCCUGUCCACCCUACCACAUUAGCCCUAAUGGGGAGAUAAUAUACAGAAAUGAUACUUCUCGGUUCCCAUACUCUGCUUAUCAUCUAUAUUGUGCUCCUGGAAAUGCAAACUAUUUAGAGAAACCAUAUGAUAUCUGUGAUCCAUACAGCAAUCCACAAGCUCAAGAACUGAUACAAAUCCUGCCACAUCCUGAGUGGGCUGUGCAUGGUUAUCCUUCAAAACAUGGAGAGGGGUGGAUUGGUGAUGCUAGGAGUUGGGAGCUUGAUGUAGGAACAUUAUCUAAUCGGUUAUACUUUUACCAGGAUCCAGGAACCAAACCAGCAAAGCGUGUGUGGUCUUCACUUAAUGUUGGUACGGAAAUAUAUGUUAGCAGCCAAGGGGCCACUGCUGAAUGGACUGUCAGUGAUUUCGAUGUAUUCAUUCCUGAAGAUUAUGAAGGUGAUGUUAGGGCAGUUCUGUAACACCUGUUGUAUGUUCCUUGUCCAUACAAUACAAUACAGUACAAUGGGUAACACUUUUUUGCUUAUUUGUAUAUAUACACACAUUUUAAAUUUUAAUAAGUUUGUUUAGUUUAUUUUUCUAUCGAGAUCAUUAAUUUGAUCAAAUGAGUCAUGUUAUUAGUUUGUGUUAUAAAGA